AUAAACGUAUCAAGUAACACCUGCAAAAUUUUCUUAAAUAUGAAUAUAUUUCCAAAUUUUGUUAACAAAUUGUUAAAACAAAAAAAAGAGAAAAAACAAAAAGAAAAAGAUCAAUCUACUUUUGUUACAUUGCGUAAUAACCAAUCAGUAACUUUCGAACUCACAAUGAAUGGUGUUGCUGUUAAACCACCUGUACAAAAACCGGAAUCCAUUUCAAUUCGUGAUGUUUUAAAUAACUGCCACAUUGCUACAGCUCUAAAAGGUGAGCUACUCAUGUCUACAGAACCACCGGAGCAACCAAUGUGUGCAGCACUCGGAAAUAGUUUAAUUGGAGCCUUAUAUGACGCUUACAAAAAUCACUACGCUAUUUCCAUUCGUCCUGAUGAUGUCUGGCUAACAAUUAUCAUUGAAUUAGCAGAAUACGUCGACAACCACGCCGAAGAGAUGCGCCAUUGCUUUGUAACCAAUGAAGGAAGAAAAACACUUACUGUUAUUGAUGAGUCUUAUAGCCGUACUGUUGACCAUUGGGCCUGUUUAAUCAAAAAAAUGUCAGAUUUAAUUGAUAAAAAUACUAAAGCCGAUGUGCGUGAUUUUAUUGAACCUCAGUUCACAACCACUACGCCCAAUGACAGUCUAAUUGGGCGAGUGGCGCUUAUGGGCGCUAUGAAAAACUAUUUUGAAUAUGAAUUUUACUUAGUAUGUGGCAUACCUCAGGUUACUUUAAUGGGAACUAUUGACGACUGGGAAAAACUAAAAACAAAAAUUGUUGAACUUGGUAAUAGAUUUGCUGAAAGUCAGCCGCAGCUAGGUUGGUGGAGUAACAUCUUAGUUCCCAUAGCAAAUAAAUUCAUCAGCAGUUAUAAAGGAAAACGUAAUGAAAAAUUUUGGCAAAGCUGCAUUGACUUUCAUGAUAUAAGAGAUAUUUCAUCCUGUCUUUUUGAACUUCCAAACAAGAGGGCGAAUAAAAAAAAAUCAAGUUACUUUACUGAAUGGGCUUUAGCAUUUUCGCCAUUUUUUAAAGGACAAUGGCGUUUAGAUAACCCAAAGAACAUUUUAAAAUCGGGUUUUUAUGGCAAGGUUUCUCCUACAUAUAGUAAAACCAGCGCGGUUCAAGUUGACUUUAAAGUAAAUGAAAACGGGUACACAUAUUAUUUUUAUGCAGGUAGUAUUGUCAACACAUACCAAAAAGAUACAAACACUAUUCGACCCAACUUUGAUUUUGCUAUGUUUAAGGUUUCAGAAGACGGAGUUGAUAGUUGAUAUAAAAACACAAAAUUGAUGAUGAAAAUAAUUAAAUUAAAAAAAAAAGUUAUUUUUAAAAAAAUUCAAAA